AAAUUAAAGUGAAAAAUUAAAAUGAUAAUUACUAUAUUUUUAGUCUUUUAUUCAUAUUCGUGACUUUAUAUAUAUUUCUGACAGAAAUUCAAUUACGAGAAAGUACAGCUCACGUAGCGGUAAGUGAAAGAACUAUCGAAUCAUGCAAAUCCUGUUCCAUUUCUGCCAUCAAUCUGCUAUCAGAGAUUGUAUGCGCAGAUCCUGUUCGAUUUUUGCCGACAAUCUGUUGUCAAAUUGCAUCGCACAGAUCCUGUUCAAUUUCUGCCACCAAUCUGCCACUAAGUUAUGCCGGCAGAAUCUGUUCGAUUUUUGCUGCCAAUCUGGUAACUGAUUAUGUUAACAAGCUUUGUUAUAUUUCUGUUGACAUUCUGGCGACAUCACAUGAUAUAUCAGAACCUGCAUCGAUUCUGUAAUCUUUCUGUCGACAACAAUUUCUAACAGAUUCCCUGACAAGAUCUGCUUUAGCAGACUUGGCUAUUGGGCGUUCUUCGCAGUAUUCUUCGCAGUGUUCUCUUCGCAGAGUUCUUCGCAGUAUUCUUCGCAGUGUUCUCUCUUCGCAGAGUUCUUCGCAGUAUUCUUCGCAGUGUUCUCUCUUCGCAGAGUUCUUCGCAGUAUUCUUCGCAGUGUUCUCUCUUCGCAGAAUUCUUCGCAUGUUCUAUACAGUGUUCUUCGCAGAGUUCUUCGCAGAGUUCUUCGCAGAGUUCUUCGUAGGGUUCUUUGCAAGGUUCUUCACAGAAUUCAUCACUGAGUUCUUCGCAAGGUUCUGCAAGGAUCUUCAACAGAACGGCUCGCAGCGUUCUUCGCAGUGUUCUUCGCGGAGUUCUUCACAGGGUUCUUCGCAGUGUUCUAUGCAGUGUUCUUCACAGAGUUUUUUGCAAGACUCUUCACAGUAUUCUCCACAAAGUUCUUCACAGAGUUCAUCACAGAGUUUUUCGCAGGGUUCUGCAAGAGUCUUCAACAGAACAAAUUUAUCAACAUGAAUAUUAGUGGGAAAUGUUACAGACGAAAAGAUACUCUAUAUAUGUCAAGACGACAUCUGAGAAGACUAGCUGCACAAGAGGCAGAUAUUAUUUCAAAAAAUUUUCAUAAAUGUUUUUUGUCAAGUUCUAAUACUAAAUGCACAACGAAUACGGGCUAUGGCAGAUUUAAAUCUAAAGCAAAAAGUAGUGAUAUAGAAAAUGAAACUGAUAAUAUUGAUAACAAUAUUAUACAAUAUGAACAACAUGAAGACAACAUAUUAGUACAACUUGAAAAUGUACAAUCUGACAGACAGUCUGCAUCAGAAUCAGAUUCACAACGAUCAUCUCUAAACGAUUUUUGUGACGAAUCAAGCAAUCUGGAUUUUGGUAAUGAUAACAGAAGUCCAUCUUUUGAAAAUGACCUUGCAGCAUGGGCUGUUGAGCAUCAAAUUUCACAAACCGCUCUAAAUAUGUUGCUAUUAACGUUAAGAAAACAUUCGUGUUUUUCAACACUUUUCGUGGACGCACGAACGCUGCUAAAAACACCGAGACAACAAGACAUCCGAAUAGUUGAUCCAGGAACAUAUUAUCAUUUUGGUUUAUUAAAAUGUAUAAACCAAAAUUUGUCAUCUGUUAAAAAGAAUAUUGAUUGCUUAAAAAUAGCAAUCAACAUUGAUGGAUUGCCAUUAACAAGAUCGUCGCAACAGCAGUUUUGGCCUAUACUUGGCUCAAUUAUUCCAAAUGGCAACGUUUUCAUGAUUGGACUUUAUCAUGGUAACGAAAAACCGGAAGAUGCUAAUGAGUUUUUGAAAAAUUUUGUCGACGAAGCAAAAGAUAUAUGCGAAAAUGGAAUUAACAUCAACGAUCGACUGAUACCAUGUCAGAUAGAAGCUUUAGUAUGUGACACUCCUGCGAAAGCAUUUGUUUUGUCUGUAAAAGGACAUUCUGGAUAUUCCAGUUGCACGAAGUGUACAACGGAAGGAGAGUAUAUUAGAAAUCGAUUGUGUUUUCCACAGAUGGACGCACCACUUAGAUCUGACGAUGAUUUCAUACAAAAGAUAGACGAUAAUUAUCAUAAGCCAAAUAUAACGUGCAGUCUCUUAAAUAUUCCUCAAUUCAAACCUGUAACAAAUGUGCCUUUGGACUAUAUGCAUUUGGUGUGCUUAGGAAUUAUGCGCAAAUUGUUAAACUUAUGGCUUCAUGGAGAACUGCAAUAUCGAUUACAAUACAAAGCCGUGAACGAUAUUUCUACACGUUUAAUAAGCCAAUUAAAACCAUCAAUACCUGUUGAAUUUGCACGAAAACCACGAAGAUUAGAUUGUGUGAAAUUGUGGAAAGCUACAGAAUAUAGACAAAUAUUACUUUAUACAGGACCAAUAGCAUUUAAAUCUAUAUUAAAAAAAGAUGUAUAUAUACAUUUUAUGACAUUACAUGUUGUUAUAAGGAUUUUGUCCUCGGAGAAGUUACACGAACACCUUAGCUAUGCACAAGAGCUUAUUUAUUUCUUUGUUAAAACAUUUGUAAAAUUGUACGGAGCGCAAAACGUAUCACAUAAUGUGCAUAGUCUUAUUCAUCUUGUUGAUGACGUCAAAAUAUAUGGACCUCUAGACAACUUCAGUGCCUUUCAAUUUGAAAAUUACAUGCAGAUACUUAAAAAGUAUAUUCGAAAAUCAGAAAAACCUUUACAACAAGUUGUACGAAGAUUCAUUGAAAAAGAAAAGAGCUUAUUUACCUCAACUACUAGGCCACAUUAUGGGCCACAACAUUAUAAUUUAAUGUCCUUACAUUAUGAUGGUCCUAUUAUUUCGAAUUGCCACAAUCCACAAUAUAAAGUUGUCAAGUUCAACGGAAUGACAUUCAAAGCUGACACACUUUCCGAUAGCUGUUGUGGUUUAAGUUGUGGUGCAAUUGUCUGUAUAAAAAAUGUAGUUUACUGCGCAAAACGAAAUAUUCCUGUCAUUAUUGGUCAAGAAUUCAUGGAAAAGGAAGAUGUCUUUAAUGUUCCGUGUUUAUCUUCGUUACUGGAUAUCUAUUCUGUUCAUACUUUAUCUGACUUAAAGGCAUGGCCGUUGAAAACCAUAGUUAAAAAAUAUGUUAAAUUGCUAUAUGAAAAUGACAAGUUUGCCGUUUUUCCGUUUCUACAUUCCGAUAUUUAAUUUUUGCAUCUAUUUUCGCACAGAAUGGACAAUAAAAAGAAAUAUGCUAUUGUUGAGUUCAAAGAUGGUCUGCAAAUCGUACCCGCUACUUGGUUAAGUAGUGAUUUACGAAAAUCAAAAUGGCCCAGACAUUAUAUCAGUAACGACAGAUAUGACAAAGCGGUUAAAUUGAUGGAAGUACCUGAUUGUACA